UAUUUUCAGGAUGUGAUCCGCUGAGGCAUGGAAUUGUUCGAUGGCGACAAAUAUGUUUGCGACUUUUCUGAACUGCCUCCCAAAUUGCGUUCGAAGUUCUGCCGCAAUGGGAUUCAGAAACGUGGAGGAGUUUGGAAGGCUUUGUUGGAGGAAGACUGCGAUGACAAAUCUGGGAAUUGCACCACGACUCCAGAACCAGUUGGGAACGGGGUGAAAAUAAUUCCAAGUGCUUCGCAGCAACCGUUUCAUAUUUUGAAGGAAUGUGAUGCUAAAAGUGAAUCUCAAGUAUCCCAGAGAUCGCUGCCAUUGUCAAGUGUGUUCAAAGACGUUGAUGUUGAGAACACAAGCCGUCCUGUCAAGCGAAAAAAGCGAUCCGACUUCGGCGAAAAGAAGAAGAGUAAACGUGUUUCGUCGAUCUCGGAAAAAGUCAAUCCAGUGGUUGUUCCGGAAAAGCCGAAAACUCGGAAAAGGUAUCUCAAUAAAAAGCCGGGCAGGGGUAAAUGCCCCGAAGUUUUUCGCACAAACUGCGGGUUGCCGGAAGGUUGGACAAAAGUUGUGUGCCAAAGUCGGUUGCCCUCUAGUGUCUACUCCCACUGGGCAUAUUUGAUAGCCCCCGAUGGCUCAGAAAUCAGGAAGAAAUUGCAGCUGGACGAGUUCUUCCGAUUGCAUCCCGAAGUGGGGGUUGAAAAAGUAGCGCUGAACUUCGUGCUUCCUCGACCGACGACGGAAAUUCCGUCGACGUUGGAAAAUGGGCAUUCAUCCGAACGGGGUACUUCACGGUCCAUUUCCCCUGAAUCGAGCUCGAAAAACGGUGCGGGAACGCUUUGCGGAAAACGAAGCGGAAACUGUGCACCGAACGAUGUGGUAAUCCCGAAAAUCGAGAAUCCAGUCACUCUCCAAGUGCCUUCCGAAAUUCCUGUCAAACAAGUGCCUUCGCCGAAACACGUUUCAAAGGCGAAAAAAUCUUCAAAAUCGUCUCAAAAAGUUGUCGAAUCCGUCGUAUCAUCGAAGCUGGGUCUUCGCCGGAGCAAGAAAGUCACUCUUGACGUCUUACAGAGCCCAGAACAAGCACCGAUCGCACGGAUCAGAAGAAGUGCCAGACUUUCUGCAAACUCUUAUAAAGAUUCCUCUCCGCGGAAACGAGAUGAAAAUCAGGUUGACACCUCAGAAACGUUGCCUGAUGUAAAUGCAUGUGUGGUCAAAGUAGAAAACGUUUCGAGUGAUUCCGAAGACGAGGCCUACGAGUACGACGACGAUUUGCUCAGCGAGGAUUCCGCCGACGCGGAAGUCGAUUCCUCCGAAGAAGUCCUUCAGCGCUCCGUAGUUUCGAAGUCGUGCGACAAUCUUCCGGAUGGUUGGGAAAGGCUUGAGAUUCGCAAGCGACUCAGUAAUGAAACGACGAAGGUUGACCUGGGGUAUUUAACACCGGAUGGCUCCAGACUCUGGACUUCCCGACGAUUGCAAGAAUACCUGAAGCACCACAAUCUUCCUGAGUGUCCGAAACUAUCCAAGCUUUUUGAGAAGAAGAAAUCCCCCGCCACAGCCUCCGAAACUAUCGAAUCUUUGGGUCACAAGGAAAUUGCCCGAUGCAGUGAUAACUUACCCAAAGGAUGGACGAAAGUCGUGUUUAGAAUCGGGCAUGGUCCAAACACUGGGCAUUUACGCGUUUGUUUCGAAACCCCGGAAAACAACCGUUUGUGGACCAUGUGCGAAGUGAUGAAGUACUACAGAAGAAGAGGCAUUGAGCAGUUUAAUCGGGAUCCGUUCAAGUUCAAAGCCGGAGAAAAGAUCGUUGAAGGGAUCAAAGGCCCAAAGCCGUAUAAGAUCAUCAGUGAGACCUCAGAGGGCCUGCCGAAGGGUUGGAAAAUGGUCACUUACAAGUUCCCCAAUGGGAAAAAUGUCCUGCGUUAUUAUGUGUGUCCCGAGGGGAAGAAGCUGUGGAAUCCGACGAGAUUGUGGAACUACGUGACUGAGAAAAAACUGGAUCCUUCCUUGUUCCCCUUCUCGAGUCAGUUUCUGCGGAAAAUGAAGAAGAAAAGUACUUCUUCGGACGGCGAAGAAACGAAUCAAUCGACUGCUGGUACUAUUUUCUACAGUGGCAAGACGAAAUAUGUUGAAGUCGGAAGAACGGACGAAGACACUCCGAAGGGCUGGACGAAAGUCUUGUUGAAACGUUGCGUUGAGACUGGACCACGGAUUUGCAGACCAUGUUUUCUGAGUCCUGAUGGAAAGUUGAUCUGGAAUAAGAACCACAUGUCGGUUUAUUUGCGGAAGAACCCGAAUCUUUCGCUGAAAAUGGACAUGUUUCAAUUCACCAGAAUGCUGUGAAUUCUGUGGUAUUGUUAUUUUUCUUUCUCCUGUCGUUUGAUAUGCGUUGAAGAAUAAAUGAAAAGAAUUCUUGAAAAGUU